AUGGCUAAACUUGAACCAUCCAGUGAUCCUGCUAGUCCUUUCUUCGUUCAUCAUUCUGAUCACCCGGGAAUGAUGCUCGUUUCAACCAAACUUACCGGUGAAAAUUAUGGCACUUGGUGUCGUUCCAUGUCAAUUGCACUCAGUGCAAAGAACAAAUUAGGGUUUGUUGAUGGAAGUGUUGAACAUCCAUCUGCGAAGACAAAGCCCACAGAAUCUGCUCUUUGGCAACGGUGCAACGACAUGAUCCUUAUGUGGAUUAUCAAUACACUUUCCAGCGACCUGGCCACCAGUGUGGUGUACAUGACGACAGCCAAAGAUGUUUGGGAUGAUCUUCGAGAACGUUUUUCUCAACAAAACGUGUCUCGUCUCUUUGAAAUCCAACGUGAACUUGCACGUCUUACACAGAGUCAACAACCUAUCAACGUGUAUUUCACCAAGCUUAAAGGUUUGUGGGAUGAGAUAGAUUCCUACCAAACUUUAAAGCCGUGUUCUUGCGGGGCUGUUCAAUCUAAUAACGAACAGGUGGAGAGGACCAAGGUUUUGCAGAUUUUAAUGGGGUUAGACGACUCGUAUUCUGCGAUUCGUGGGCAGAUCUUACUUAUUCAACCAUUGCCUUCGAUUCGAUCUGUCUAUUCCAUGUUGACACAAGAAGAGAAGCAGAGAGGCAUGGCUGUUGGGCCUGGCCUCGUUGAACCUGCAGCUAUGGUUGUUCAAACGAACCGUGGAAACAAUGGCAACCAUGGAAAAGGAAGAUCAUCCGAGAGGAAGCCACUGCAUUCUCCAUGGCUAUCCACCGGGACAUCGUCUUCAUGGUAA